AUGAAGAAGAAUAGGCAGUUAAAGGCUACAUGGGUAGCUAAGGAAAUGCUGGAGGUUUUCAAGGCUAGGCCCCAUUGGCCAGCCAAGGACAUUCAUGAAACAAUUAAGAGAGCUUAUAAGGUGCUAGUGAAGAAAAGUUUUGCCUACAAAGUGAAGUAUCAUGCCCACAAGCUACUUCAUGGGUCAAUGCAAGAUCAUUACCUCAAGUUGGGGAUAUACAUUGAAGCAAUCAAGCAAACAAGCCCAGAUACAGUCUUGGAUUUGGUGGUUGACACAAGUAAGAAGUCAAAUCCACCUACAUUCCAGAGACUUUUCACUUGCUAUGAGGGUUUGGCCAUGGGGUGGAAGGAAGGGUGCAGAAGGAUCAUUUGCAUUGAUGCUGCAUUUUUGAAGACCUUCCUUGGUGGUCAGAUCUUGUCUGCAGUAGGGAGAGAUGCCAAUGAGCAGAUGUUCCCAAUUGCUUGGGCUGCAGUUGAGGGAGAAAAUAAUUCAUUUUGGGUUUGGUUCAUCACUCACCUCCAGACUUCCCUUGACUUGGGAGAUGGUACUGGAUUGGCCAUUGUCAGUGAUGAGCAUCUUGCUAUACUACAUGCUGUUGCCAUUGUGUUGCCAAUGGCAGAGCACAGGCAUUGUGCUCGCCAUGUCUUUGCUCACUGGCAUAAGCAUUUUAGGGGAGAUGACAUGAAGUUAAAGUUCUGGCGCAUAGCUAAAUCUUAUAGCAUGGCUGACUACAAUGAGUCAUUGGAUGAAUUAGAGAAAGAAAAUAGUGAUGCUGCAGCUUCUUUUAGGGCAUAUAACCCAUAUUGCUUCUGUAGGGCUUUCAUGAGUGAUGAGAUUAGAUCUGAUGCAAUAACUAAUAACAUGGCAGAGACAUUUAAUGGUUAUAUAGUCAAUGCUAGGACCAAACACUUAAUCUACAUGUUGGAGGAUAUUAGGGUUGCCCUAAUGCAAAGACUAGUGACCAAAGACAAGAAAUGGAGAAGUUUGAUAGUAAACCUUGAGGAUAGAACAUUUACCUGCAAGAAAUGGGACAAAUUAGGUGUACCCUGUUGCCAUGCUGUGGCCUGUAUUGAGUUCCUUAACAAAGAAGCAGAAUUUUAUGUUGAUGAGUGUUACAGAAAAGAGGUUUACCUGAGAACCUAUGCUGCUGCCAUACCACCUAUUGAGGGUGAAAGACAUUGGCCUCGGGUGGAAUGUAAGUUGGAUCCCCCUCCAAUUAAGGUGGGACCAGGGAGGCCUAGAAGGAAUAGGAUUAGAGAUGCAUAUGAGGAUCCCAAGAGGCCAGGACAGCUAACAAGGCAUGGCAUAGAAAUGACAUGCACCUUGUGUAGGGAAAAGGGACACAAUAAGAGGGGUUGUCCUAAAAAGGAUACUGCACAGCCACUUGAACCCCCAGCUAAGAAACAAAGAGGAAGACCUAAAAACCUACUUCAACUCCUACAGAAGCAUCAACAUCCCACCAUUCAGUCACUGCACAGCCUACACAACUAG